UUCAUCGCUGUAUUCGCGAUAUCGUGAGAUAUUAUCUCGGCAUUCAAUCGCUCAUGAUGCGCUAUAAAGAGCAAGCUCAAUGUGACCCGCCGUGAUCAGCAACGCCAGUAAAUUUCAAUCAGCCUCCUCGCUCUACUUGCUGCUUGGGACUAUUGAGCAGUCUUUAGUGCCGCGGCUCGUCCGCUAUUUGAGACUCAAACUAGCACUACGAUGGAAGAUAUCAGCGCAGCGAGAGAGCUGAAUGCCUUAAAUGCGCGGUAUUUUGCGGAUAUGCCGCUGCUCGCACCACCCUCAGGACAUGCAGAGCGGUCAAACGACGGCAAGACAUUCCCCCUUUUCUCAUCUCUUCCCCCGGAGAUCAGAACGAGGGUUUGGGAGGCUUCACUGGCACCGCGCAUCGUGAGAUGGAUACGAAAGAAUGAGGGCGGAGUGUUCACCGCGCCACCGAGAUCCUUGCCCCUCAUGUCGGUGUGCCGGGAAUCACGCGCAGCAGCGUUCUUAUAUGGGAAGUAUCGGGUUUUGACUGAUUCAUCCAAGGUCUACUUCAGCCCAUUGAUUGACUAUCUUUGGUUUGAUCCGAUGUGGACAACUUUGGGCUCAUGGAGAACCUUUCCCCAGGAUGAUCCUCUGGAAUCCAUACGCCCGCAAUUGGGAGAGCUACGGAACGUGAUGGUGCAUCCAAACUGGAGUGGUGAGCGGAAGGAUCCCAUGGUAUCUUUUGCAAGGUUGCCUUUGAAGAGAGUUCUCGUGGCUGCAGACGAAAAAUCUAUUGGGCUUCAGAGCCAAGUCAUGCUAGAUACUAUGCAAGACAUCAUGUAUUACUAUCUUGCUUUCCGAAGAGAAAACCCCGGUACGAAAAUACCUUAUAUUGCCGUUGGGUGUCUGGGGUGGACGGGAAAUGAACCAAGAUAUCUUCGCCAUGGAAACAAUCGCCAACUGCUGAAAGUGUUUGAAAACCAUGCCGAGAUGAAAGCUCAUUUGGCUUACAUAAGGGAAGAGGAGUGGAAAUUCACGCAAGAACGAUUUGUACGGCCUAAAAUCGUCCACAAUCUUCGCUGGGUGAGAAAUGGAGAGCGACCUGUGAACGGUAUUGGUGAGAGUACGAGAACACGAUCAGUCGACUCAAAGCCUUAUGGCACGAACGUCGGCACCGAGGAAACUAGGUCAAGAACUCGAUUGGCGGGAGAAGGAGAGGAUCCAGUGGCUUAUGGCAUGAGCCAUGGCACUGCGCAGACUAACAUGAGGGUUGAAUCAGAGAGAGGAGAGGAGGAUACAGCGCCUUGCCCUUCCGGAAUGAGUCUUGGGACAGACGGUACUGAUGCGAUGGUUCGGGGAAAAGGGGAUGAGGAUGAUACCGCGAAGACCACUUCUCGACACUUUGGUAAGGGAUUGAGCCAUGCAUGGCUCUUUUUCAAGCAUUGGUGUCGGAGGGCGUUCCACGGAAGACGGUCAAAAUGAAGCUGUCCAAGAGAUGCUGAAUAUCUCGUGGAUCUUAGAAGCUUUCGACCCGGAUCUUCUGCUAGGGGACU